AGGCUAAGGGUUCCAGGGUCCCAGCCGCACAUCCCCGCCCAGAAAUUCCCAAAGUACCUCCCCCGGGCCGUAUUCCCGCUCCGUGGAUUUCUCCCUGUGCUUCCUUCCUCGCCUCGUUGUGAAGCUGAAACCUACCGUCCCCACCCCACUACCUAGGGAGAAUAAUGAGUCAGUUUCAGCGGUUUCCCAUUUGUAUUGUUUUAAUUUAUCUUUUAUUUUCCUUUGCUCGGAAGAGCCCUAACUGUAAACCUCUUUAGGGAUCUAAAUAUGAGCUUCAAUGGCCUAAGACGAAUGCUAAAUAUUAACACAGCGAAUGCACUUGCUUACUUCACGAACGUCAACUCGGACAGACGGCUGGGCUUUCGAGUCUAUGAUGACAUGUUAGACGAAAAGUACACGUAUCGAAGACCGGAGUUUCUUCAACUGAACGAGGAGUCUGAACAAGCAGCCUCGGACCAUGAAUCAAGACCGAUUAUUAUUCCACACAGGGAACUGCCCUUUAAUGCAGGAUAUGCAGAAACUAUCAAUGCCGGGAAGACACCGCACAAGAAUGAGGACCAGUCUGUCACUGGAAUGUUUUGCUUAAAUGUCAGCAAAUCAACUAGUGAGUCUACAGAAAGUGAAGGAAGUCCUGAGCAUGUUACACAGAUAAAGAUUCCCUAUGCAUAUUUUGGGAUAUUUGAUGGCCACGCUGGAUGUGGGGCAGCUCUUAUGGCUGUCAAUCAACUUCAUAUUCAUAUUAUGGAGAAGCUGCAGGGAGUGAAGGAUUUGUUGGCUUAUGAGAAUGACGAGAAGCUUGCGAUGGCUGAGGAGUUAGCUGAGGCUGUUGUCUCCUCAGUGACAAUUGAUAGUCUAGUUAUUGGAGUCUUGGAAGAAGCUUUUUUUGAAAUGGAUGAACAGAUCAGAAGAGAAAAGGUAACAUAUAGGAUUGAUGGAGGCUGUGCAGCCUUAGUAGCUCUGUUUCUUGGAAAAAGAUUAUACGUGGCUAAUGCAGGGGACUGUAGAGCAAUUCUAGCACAUAAGGGAAAAGUUGUUCCUCUAUCAAAAGACUUCACUCCUGAGUCAGAAAGACAAAGAGUUCAACUACUUGCUUAUCAGAGGCCCCAGCUUCUUGGAAGUGACUUUGGUCGGCUUGAAUUUCAACAGAGAGCAAGAAAAAAACAUAUUGGUCAAAAACUUUUAUACAGGGACAGACAUAUGACUGGCUGGGCUCUCAAGACAGUGACUGAGGAAGAUACAAGAAAAUUUCCUAUGAUUAAUGGAGAAGGAAAGAAGGCUCGUCUGCUGGACACCAUAGGGACGACCCGUGGAUUUGGGGAUCACGAUCUGAAAGUUGCCUUCUGUAGUCUUCCUAUCAAACCGUUCCUUACCCCACAACCGGAGGUUCGAAAAUUUGACUUGUCCAACAGUAAGCUGACUGAGGAUGACGUGGUAAUAAUGGCUUCUGAUGGACUUUGGGAGAGGUUAUCCAGUGAAAAGGCUGCUCUGUUAGUUAUGGAAACAUUUUCUAAAGUUCCUAAAGAAGACAAAAGAAGGUACGCCAUGGCAGCCCAGGCCCUUGUCGGGGACGCGCGAGGCACAUUGACGGAGAAAGGUUGGAGACGAACUAAUGGCGAGUUAGCCUCAUAUGAUGACAUCUCAGCAUUUGUGAUUCCCAUUAGCGAAUGCAGCAGUGAAAUGGCCAAAUUUACAGUUGAAUACGACAAACCAACGUUGAAACCAACACAUUCCCUUGACAACGAGGAGGAUUGAGCUGUUUAAUAUGAACAGAAAAGAUUUUAGCGUAAGCAGUUUUGUGUGGAUUUUGUUGGUAGUAAUGUGACCAUAUUGGUUAAAAGUCGGUGUUGGAUUGAGGACGGGUAUCCUGGUCACGUGUGUGGGGUGGACUGGAUGCUAAUUUCGUGUGUCACUCCCUUAUUUCCCAUGAUACCUUUCUUUCCAUGCGAUAAGAGAUGACUGUACGUCAAUGAAAUGAAAAUGUCAGCGGACUCCGUCGGCACAAAAAAUAGUUACAAUAGCGUUAAACCAGACGUUGAUAGUAAUUAUUUUAAACUUCUGGUCGAACACAUUCGUGAGAACCGCCUUUGAAUUUCGUUGUAUCUAGCGGGAACAAGAAGAGUAUUUGGAAAGUGUCUAAAUUGAUUUGUAGCUGUUAACUCUUAGAGAAACUUUCAAUUUGUUUUCCCGUUCCGCUGGACAAAUGUAACGAGGGCUCUGGGAACGAGAUUGCCCUUUCCGCCAGUCUUCGUUUCUUACUGCGCAAGCGUGGCAAAACGAGCGACUCUGGAGAGUUUGGCUACAGGAUCGAAUUUGAUUGGUCGGUUUAAAGAGAAUGAAAAUGAGCGGACGUAGGCACCAGCGACUUGGUUGAGUCACGUGUUUGUACGCUAAGCAUACGCAAUUCUAUCACCCGGAAGUCCGAUAUUUUGACGAAGACUCUGGGAAUGAAGUUGGAAACUAUUUCUGAACGGAAGAUGUUUCACGAGUUUUCUAUGAGCUUGUCGAUUGUUUGAGAAUGAGGCUUGCUAUUAGCAGCCGCCGCUUACCAAUUCCCGAAAUUCAGUGACUCAUUUGUAAAUAGGAUUUGGUGAAAACUUCUUGUUCCCGCAGUAUUAAGUGGUUUAGUCAUAUAUUUUGCAGCUUCAAAUGUUGGGUAACUCACACAUUACAAUUAAUUAUGAACACUCGAUUUAUCCCAGUCGUAGAGUAUAAUACUGUAACAAAUAUUCCACCAUUGGAACUCCCCUUGGGAGAUAAUGUAUAAAUUUAAUUGAACAUGUUACAUCAGAAUUUUUAAGGGAGAUGGUUCAUGUAAAACAUGGGGACAUUUAGUGGGCACUUUCAUAAGUUCAUAUUCGUCCCAGGUAGCCAAGCGCGCCAAUCUAGUGCCCGGUGCCCCAGAUUGGAGUAGGGAUGUAUGACUUUGGUCGAUUAGGAUGCUAUUUUGGCACAAUACUGAAUGGCAAGAAAAGCGUGAUAUGGGGCGUUCUCCAUUUUACCAAAAAUUCCGAAACCUUCGAAACAGAAAUUUUCAGUCAAAGUUUCCGCUCAAUCCGAGAAUUGUUGAGUUUACGAAAUACGAACCAUUCAACAGAGAAUUCCGGGAGAAAAUCAAAUCAAUCGGAAAUUCCCGGCAUGAAAUUUUCGAGAAUUUGGGUAUUCCUCACGAGGUUGUUCUCUUUUCGGGACAUUUUGGAAAAUGAUGUUCCUUUCACCACUGGAAAUCUCCGGAAAUUAAACCCAGAAUUUUUGGUCGAAUGGAAAGCGCCUAAGAUCAACGAACCAAGAUAAUUUAAAACACUGAAUAUGCCUUCGAAACAUACACCAAUAUACUUAGACUUUUCCAACUCGAAGAGAAUAAAAUUUGACCACAAUGAGUCCAAAGAAUCUAAACAAACGCCUUUGAAUUCGUGAAUCGUAAAAUCAAUUGUGUUCCUUUUAUGGUUCGUUCAUGGAAAAUUUAGAAAAC